GGCAAAACCAAGAAUCCCAUCUCUCUCAACAUGGGAUUCUUCAAAGUGCCAUUUUGCGGGCAUUUGCCCCUCGCCUAUUUAAACUAACCCCCUUUUUAUCCCCGUGUCCGGGCUUCACACCCUUUCACUUACCUACUGGUUUGGUUAUGGCCGUUUAUCCCGCUGACCGUCGAAGAUGGCCGUGACGCCGUCGUUGAACUCUUUACCAUACGAGAUACGCCAGACAAUUUACUCCCUCGUAGGACGACAGACCGGGGAUUCUGGUUACUGGCGCGGCAACUCGGCACCAACCAUCGCACAUUAUGCAACAGUCUCGCGGGAGUGGCAAGAGGCUUUUGAAGGUUUCACCUUUCGGGAAUUACGAGUUACCCCGAAGCGUCUCAAAUCUUUCAGCCACAUCGUCACCUCACCCCGCCGGAGAGCCAUUGUGCAGACCAUUCAUUUCCAUGUUUCUCUCGAUCGAUAUGAGCCGCAUCUAGGUGGUGAACAAGAAUCAUCAGCCGAACGGCGGCGAGGCACCGAAGUCUUGACCGCAGCUCUCGGAUCCUUCUUUCGGGUUAUGACCAAUUGGCGGAAGAGUGAUACUUCACCCCUCGGCUUAGAUCUCCAUCUGCUUGUCGACUCACCGAGUGAUUCAUCAACACUCACCGGUAAAAAUGGAGGACCUAUGGUAACAGGACGAGCAUUAACAUCGUACUUGAAACUUGACCUCGAGACACUUUCAUUACCACAUAUCGAUGUUUUCAGCGGUCUCCGAUGCACAGGGAGACAUCUACAACCUACCUCAAUCCUAGCCAUCGUAUCCCGGCUCCGCACAUUGGAAUAUCUCGACGUCGAACUCAACCACGACUCAACGCGCAAGCGAGACGUGAAACAGAGGAACAAUUUUGCUAUGGGCCUCGACCAACACGGCGAGACCGUCCGCGUUUUAAGCCUCCGCCGACCAAGUCCGAUGCUCACACCUUCACCCUCACCUCCGAAACAACCCUGGUCAGAUUUCUACGUUUAUAUGCGAAAUUUCAGUCAACAAUGCGAGUCCUUCGAGUUCGACGAUUGCAUCGACGCAGCCCAAUUCUUCGCACCAUUUUUGGUCGGUCCCGCAACAGAAAAGUCGCUUCAAGGGCAGGACGUGCCGUUCUGGAUACGGUUGAAGAGACUUAAUGUCCGGAAUUCGUAUAUGAUGAAAGCGCCGUACUUACGUGUCGCCAAUAGGAUCGAGGCUUUGGCAUCUGUUCACAAGGUCCUCGUCGCAAUCGGUCGAGCUGCUUGUCGCAUGCCGGAUUUAUUAUUCGCCCGCGUGUGUCAAUACGUACUUAGCGAUGGCCAACUGGAGUGGUUCGUCCUUACGUACGAAUGCUAUGCCGGCAAAGCGGUAUUACGCGCUAAGGGCUUCAUACUAGGAAGAGCGAUGACUGAAGCUUGGAAGCACUGUGCAGCUAGCAAGGGUCUUGGGUUCGUAGUACACAACGAAACGGACGAUCCUGCUGCGCCGGAAUUAUGAUAAUGUUUAAUCAAUAUAAUGAAUCGAACCGUACGAGUUGACGGGGUUUUUCUACGGAGUGAAGCGUUUUUAUUGUGUCACAGGUUUGGCUUUUUAUAUUUAACGUGUGUGUAGUAUUAACGGCUGGGUUAUGAGUACGAAAAUAGGGGCAAAUUGGCAAGCUGGCGGUGAUAAAAGGGGCUUGUACAAAAUUCAACGAAAAGAAAAUAAUAUAGUAUCAAUGAAGUAAUGAGCGGAUGAGCGAUCAAGUAAAUACAUGAUAGUGAACCAUAUAGCCAUUUCUUUCCCCCUUUUUCAUUCAACCCAAAGUGUGC